AUGUUUGGAAUUGAUGAUCAAUCUAUGGAGAAAAUUAGGGAAGAUACGGUGAUUAUAGUAGGUAACGCAAAAUCUACUUCCUCUAGCAGUAACAAAGAGAAGAAAAAACUUGAUAGAGGAGUUAGGAAAAGUGCGUAUAUUCAUAACUCGCUUUCUAAAGAAACUAGGGAACAAGCAAGAGCAAGGGCAAGGAAGAGGACAACUGAAAAGAGAUAUAACAAGAUUGAUGGGGGUGAUGUUGGUGGUUCUGGCUCUGAUCAGUAUUCUAAAUUUAGACCACAUUUCGAUCAGGGAGAAUCGUUGGAGGAAGUGAGAAUCGUCCGAGUAGAUGAUCGAGAAAUGGAACAAAAUGAGAGAAGAUCGCAGCAGAAAAAGGAAGCAAGUGGUUGUAAUCUGUGUCGAUCUUUAGCGGCAACACCUAAUAGUGGCGACAAAAAAAUCAAUAUUGGCGACAUCCAAUCUUUAGCGGCGACAUACGUAGAGGGAAAAGAAGGCGCAUUUUUUUCGACCUUUGGCGGCGAUAAUUUAGGUCUUUAG